AUGUCCGACCAACCGCCUCCAGAAAACCAACCAAGCUCAUCCAAACCUGCCUCAGAUUCCAACAACCCACAACCUUCCUCAUCCACCGCCAAGGAGUCAACGUCCGAGGAUGUCAAAAUGGAUGCCGAGCCUGAGCUUGAUCCGGAAAUCUUGAAAGCUUCUCCAGAGGAGAUUAUGACGAGAACUAGACUAUUAGAAAAUGAGAUCAAGAUCAUGAGGUCCGAAAACCUGACAUUAUCACAUGAAGCAACGAUGAUGUUAGACAAAAUCAAAGACAACACGGAUAAGAUCAAGAACAACAAGCAACUCCCUUUCCUAGUGGCCAACGUGGUAGAAAUACUAGAUAUCGAUCCAGAUGUACAUGAAAGUGAAGAGGGUGCCCAGGUAGACUUGGAUUCCGUUCGCAAGGGGAAGUGUGCGGUGAUCAAAACCUCGACACGACAGACGAUCUUCUUGCCGCUAAUCGGUCUUGUCGAUGCGGAUAAGCUCAAGCCAGGAGAUCUGAUCGGGGUCAACAAGGACAGCUAUCUGGUCUUAGAUACUCUUCCGGCUGAAUACGAUUCUCGAGUCAAGGCUAUGGAAGUCGAUGAACGUCCGACUGAAACGUACACCGACAUCGGUGGACUCGAUAAACAAAUCGAAGAACUCGUCGAGGCCGUCGUGCUACCGAUGCAACAAGCUGACAAGUUCAAAACGCUCGGCAUCAAACCCCCCAAGGGUGUCUUGAUGUAUGGACCACCUGGAACUGGUAAAACUCUGUUGGCUAGAGCAUGUGCGGCCCAGACUAAAGCAUGCUACAUGAAACUAGCUGGCCCAUCGCUAGUACAAAUGUUCAUUGGAGAUGGUGCUAAAUUAGUGCGGGAUGCUUUUGAACUCGCCAAAGAGAAGGCACCAGCAAUCAUCUUUAUCGAUGAGCUUGAUGCGAUCGGAACCAAACGGUUCGACAGUGAAAAAUCAGGGGAUCGAGAGGUCCAACGAACGAUGUUAGAGCUUUUGAACCAACUGGAUGGUUUCGGCAGUGAUGAUCGGAUCAAAGUCAUUGCAGCGACCAAUCGGAUCGACAUCCUUGACCCCGCUUUGCUCCGAUCGGGACGUUUAGACCGAAAGAUUGAGUUCCCAUUGCCGACCGAAGACGCCCGGGCACGAAUCAUCGAGAUUCAUUCCCGAAAGAUGAAUGUGGGUAAAGGAGUGAACUUUGAGGAGCUAGCACGAUCGACAGACGAGUUCAAUGCCGCCCAACUACGUGCGGUGGCGGUUGAGGCUGGGAUGAUUGCGCUGAGAGAAGGAGCUAAUGAGAUUCAUCAUGAACACUUCUUGUCGGGAAUCUUGGAAGUCCAAAGUAAAAAGAAAAACGACCAGUUUUACUUUGCCUGA